AUGUCGAGACUCCGGAAGCUCCACGGAGCUGUAGGAAAAGCAACGCUAUGUUGCUGUAAAAUUGUAAUACUAAACCAAACUAUAUUUUUAAAGACUACAGCAGAAAGUUGGACGAAAUAAAAACAAAAACAAUCCAAGACAUAAAUGUCUUAACCCAGAAAGAGGCGAGAAACGAAGAGGAAAAUCAGCGAACGGCCUUGAACAUCAGAAGAACGUUCUCUUUCAUUUUGAAGAAUCAUGGCUCUUGUUCCUUACGUGCAUGACUCGUUACCUGUUCUUUCCAAAUUCCACAAUUCUUCGGCGGAGUUCCGCUUUGUGGACCGUGACCUCCGUCUCGCGCAGGACUGGAAGAAGCUCGGUGUAGCAGCGGUGGUGUGGGACGCUGCUGUGGUGAUGAGCCUGUAUCUGGAGCUGGGAAGCAUCGAGUUAAAGGGGAAGAGGGUCAUUGAACUGGGAGCUGGCACUGGACUAGUUGGCAUUGUGGCCGCUCUGCUGGGUGCUCAUGUGACCAUCACAGACCGAGAACCAGCCCUGGACCUCCUCUCUGCCAACGUCAAGACCAACCUGACCCCAGAUCAGUCGGUGGUCGUCUCAGAGCUGUCCUGGGGCAUGGGCCUGGAACACUACCCCGCAGGAGGGUUUGAUCUGGUCCUGGGGGCAGACAUCAUUUACCUGGAGGACACAUUCCAGUCUCUAAUUCAAACUCUGGAAUACUUGAGUUCUGACGCCACCGUGGUGCUCCUCGCCUGCAAGAUCCGCUACGAGAGAGACACGAACUUCCUGAGCAUGCUCAAGCAUCGUUUUAUCGUCCAAGAGGUCCACUACGACAGAGAAAGGGACAUCCAUUUAUACAAAGCCUGCAAACUAUCGUCAGGAAGGGAUUUAUGAUCAGCUAGAGAAAUUGCAUUUCCUGUGAAAAUGCAGUGUAAAUGCUUAUUGCUGAAAAACAGCUGAAAUA